CGGAAGCGGAAAAUUGCGUUUGGUGGCUCCCGAUAUGGCUGAGGCGGCGGGUGUUACUACCGAAUCCGUUGCGGGAGACAGGGCGCGGGCGGCGCGCACCAUGCUAGAUCAGGUGGUACUCCCGGGUGAGGAACUGCUGUUGCCCGAGCAGGAGGACGCUGAAGGCCCAGGAGGUGCUGGGGAGCGACCGCUGCUCCUGAAUACGGGGACGCGCUCCCGGGGACGCGUUGUGUGCGGCCCGGGCUUGCGGCGCAGUGGCGACCGCCUGCUGGUCACCAAGUGCGGCCGCCUCCGUCACAAGGAGCCCAGCGGCGGCAGCAGCGGCGGUGGCGUUUACUGGGUGGACUCACAGCAGAAACGGUAUGUCCCAGUGAAAGGAGACCAUGUGAUUGGCAUAGUGACAGCUAAAUCUGGAGAUAUAUUCAAAGUGGAUGUUGGAGGGAGUGAACCAGCAUCUUUGUCUUACUUGGCAUUUGAAGGUGCAACUAAAAGAAACAGACCCAAUGUGCAGGUUGGAGAUCUCAUCUAUGGCCAAUUUGUGGUUGCUAAUAAAGAUAUGGAACCGGAGAUGGUCUGUAUUGAUAGCUGUGGACGAGCCAGUGGAAUGGGUGUGAUUGGACAGGAUGGUCUGCUUUUUAAAGUGACUUUGGGCUUAAUUAGAAAGCUCCUGGCUCCAGAUUGUGAAAUCCUACAGGAAGUGGGAAAACUCUACCCACUGGAGAUAGUAUUUGGGAUGAAUGGAAGAAUAUGGGUUAAGGCAAAAACCAUUCAGCAGACCUUAAUUUUGGCAAACAUUUUAGAAGCUUGUGAACACAUGACAGCAGAUCAAAGAAAACAGAUCUUCUCCAGAUUGGCAGAAAGUUAGAUGGAAUUUUUUAUGGGUCAGUUGACCCAAGAGACUAUGGGUUUCCUGGGGAAAAUUUUUUAGGGGAACCUCUCAUUAAAUGUUCAGAAGACAAAAUGUGAAUGUACAUUUUGUCUUACCAAAGUCCUUAUUUUUAUAAAAAUGUUACUAGUUGCCACCCAUGUUCUUGUGGGUGAGAAAAAUCAUUAUAAAAUAAUAAUGUAUUUUUUUCUUUACAAUAAAGUUUACUAAAAAUAU